AUGCCUAUGGCAAAUAUGCUGGUAGACGGAGCUGCUCGUAACCAAAUGCUGUCAUUUAUGGAUGGCAAUGCAGGGUACAAUCAAAUAAUGGUGGCAGAAGAAGACAUCCACAAGACAGCCUUCAUGUGUCCAGGACAUAUAAGUGCUUUUGAAUACACUGUAAUGUCUUUCGGCUUGAGAAAUGCAUGA